UGCUGCGCGCUUGCUGCCUCCCAGGCAAGAAGAAUUCAUCUUCACAGCUCCUGAAUUUCAGGAUUCUUUGUGUCCUUCUCAACAUGGUGAAGGUUCAUCCAGUAUGGGGGCAAGAAAUAUUCAAGAAAGAAAUCAUGAUCUCUAAUACUAUGCUGAAGUCUGUUCUCCAGGUUCCUAAAAACCUGAAAAAGAAAUUUCUGGUUUUUUAUCUUAUUCUGAGCUCAUGUCUACUACCUAUACAGGCCACCACUCUUUUGGCUGAAGUGCUAUUGGAUUUGGAAAAGAUUCAAGUCAGCUCUGAGAUUGAUGCCUUUUUAUAUACGGCAGAUUUAAAUUACCCUAGUCACUGUAAUGUAUCGGUGAUAAAAUGCUUUCAGCUUGAGAUGGAAGUAGUUUUGUAUGAGUCUAAAUUUGGGGAUUCAAAGUUUUGCGAUAGUGUGCAUCGUAUAGUCAGAAUUAUUAAAAAAUUUCUAUCCCAUGAAAUGAAUAUAGAUACACGCACCUGCCAACGUUGUGAAACAUACAAAGAAAAAAACUAUUCAGAAUUUAUAGCAAACUUCAUGUCUGUUCUACGGAGAAUCAACAGAGAGGAAAAAACAAAUACUGUUUACUGAGAAUACUCCAUUGUAGCUGGAAGAAAUAAUUUAUUGCCUCUGUGGAAAGAUAGCUUCUCAGUGGCCAGCCUGAACUCUUCUCUCUCUCUUUUCCUUCCCUUCUGGGACUUUGAUAAAGUAUAUAGAAUAAGUUUGGCAGCAGCAUUUUAAUACAAGAAUGAAGAUUGAUAAUACAGAUAUAAUUGUUCUUAAACAAAUUCCUAUUAGGAUCUUGCAUUCUUUUUUGACUGGGAGAUUAAAGCAGGAAAAGAUUUCAUUUUGAUGGGAAAAAAUGGAAGGUGUGAUUUUUACUUUUAAACAACAGAGGUUUCUACUGAAUUCUGUCCAGAAGGCGAGAUAAUAUCUAGAAAAAUUUAAAGAAGGAACUGGAGGAGAUUCAAAUGGAGAUUUCAGAUGAGACUACUCAAAAAGUUCAAUAGGUACAACAGGAAACUGAACAGGAUGAUACUAAACUAGGUGCUACAGGUAUCCAUUUUUCUAAAAAUGUGGCUUGAUUAUGGAUGACAAAUGCUUGAUGUGGAAUAUAAAUGGAGCAAAGAUAUAACAUGCCUACAAGAAACACAUAUUAGAAAAAAGGACAUAAACUAUUUGAUUUA